AUGAGGAGACAUAAAAAUGCAUGCGAACGCUAAACAUAUAAAUCAUUGUGUUCUUAUAAAUGCCAAACAGAGAGGACCGAUUUGUUGGUGGAUCAAAUAAUUUCACUUCUUUAGGAUUCUCAAUAAGAAACAAAGAGUAAGUAUACGAAAGAAGGGUUUAAUCACCAAAGGCAUACAUCAUUGAAUACUAGGACUACAACAAAAAGAUCUUUAAAGAACGUACUACUUGCUAUCUUUAAAGCAUCAUAUUCAGUCUAAUUUCUUUUUAACUUUUCUGUACUGGCCUCAUCAUGUUACAAAUUUGAACCAACGAAAAUGUAUCCCUUAUCUAACCAAGAACAGCUUUGAUCUUUGUUUUUUGCUCUUCUGUUAGUGAAGUGGGGAAUAGAACCUCAAAUGUGACGUAUAAGUCUCCUUUCUUUGAGUGGAAGUGCAAAGGCAUCCACAGACGAUAAAAUAGUUACCCAUUCCCUGCUCUGGAUAAUAGUUUUACAUUGUCAUUUCCUGCUUUGGAUAAUAUUUUCCAUUCUCAUUUCCUUGUGGGUUUCCUUUCAGGGAUGCGUUACCUCUGUUCCCAAGCAUUCUAUUGAUGUUGUCCCAAUACAGAUAGUGUGUCACAAGAGCAGUGAUGAUAAGGACUUUAAUGAUGACAAGGUUUUCAGAUGUUUAUGGAGAAAUGCUCAGCAAGUAAUUGAAUCUACAAAGUCCUGUCCACCCAGUGCAAUAAAAUAUCAGGAUAACUUUUGUGUUUUCAUACGUGAGAUUUUGAGAAACAGUUCUCACCUCUUGACAGAUGAUGAAAAGGAUUUCAUCGAGCCGUUUACUUCGAUGUCAGAUGAUAGUCAGAGGCUAUUUGUUCGGCUUUAUACACGGAAAGGCCCAUGGUUUCGGCUGUCUGCUAUUUCAUACCCAGAAUUACUGGAUCCCCAACAAGCAAUGAAAGAGCUGUCUGAGACAGGGAAUACAUCUUGCUUUGAAACAAAUAACUGAUGAUGAUAUUAAGGAGAUCUUGGAUUUGCUCACUGUAUCUGAGCUACGUGAAAUCUUGUGCAUCCUUAAGCAGUCCAUUACUACCUAGUAUGGUUUUGCAUAGAACAGGAUCCUGUGUUAGGAUAUGUUCAAAUGCAGAGUCCUUUAUCUGGCGUGCUGAGAGGCUUUUCUUCCUGAAUGGUGAACAGGAUCUCUCAGCAUUUCUACUGGUGUAUUUGGGAAUUAUCAAGUAUCCAACUUACAAGUGCAUAGUUUCAGAACAAAUUUUCUCAGCUCAAGAUGACUUGCUUGGCUAUGAAGAGGCUAUUGAAGUGGCACAAAUAGUUGAUGAAGCUCUUGAUGGAAGCAACACUGGAUUCGUCUUAAAGUGCAUAAAAAUAGCUGAUUCCCAUUUAUCCAAUCCCGUUCAAUCCUUGACCUCUGAAUCAUGGCUCCAUUCCUUUCCCACUUUUCAGCAACAUUUGUCUACUCGAAAGUGGUUUUACUAGGAAUUAAUUUCUUUUCUUGAGCGUGAGCGUAGGUAUGCAUCUUGGAAUUUCAUAUCAUUGGUCAUAGCGAUACUUCUGCUGCAAAUUAUAUAUUAGUCUCUAUCGUUUUAGAUAGCAUGGUAUGGAAUCUUAUGCACUUUGCAUGUGGUAGCCAGAACUCAUUAUCGUUUUAUUUUUAAAAAUUUGUGAUCUCAUAUGCACGUUUUAUUAUUAGAAUCACUGCACACGUUGAACUAAAAACAACUGACAUUGCAACUCAUCAUAUCUGCUAUAUAAGGAAAAAAGUGUGGUAUGCAAGCAAUUAUAUUCCUUUGUAGAUAUUGGGAACUAAUAUUACUGUUGUGUAAAUAUGUUAUUUUUUGACAUGUUAUGAUUUUUUUGGUUCUUUAUUUCCAAAACAUACUUGUCUUUUGUCCACUGACUGCUCUUAGUACAGACUAGGAAGUCCUGAUUUUAGAGAUGUUUUCUAGAAUGCUGAUAUUCAAAGGCAGAUGACUGCUGUAGGGCUUGGCUAUGAAGAUUCUAUUUCAACAAGCAAACAUAAGCUACGUGAUUCAUUUCGCACACUAAUAAUGAUAUCUGAAUAUAAGCUGCCUGAACUAGAAGUAGAUCAUGUUUCCUACAUCAAGCAAUUAAGGACAUUUCCUCAGUCUCUUUCUUGUAUAUUUUAACUUCAAGGUCUUCCCAUGUGUGGUAUGGAUUCUGGAAAAUGAUUUGGCAGUUGG